AAUUCUCAACGAAGCAAUUGUAAAUGAUGCUGAAUAAAAAACCACUUCAACUAGAACUACUUCUCAAUUAAUAUUAGUAUUUAUAGGGUUAGCGAUGGUUUGUGAAAUCCUUAAGGGACUCCCUUAAUUGGCUUCCUUAAGGAAAACCGUCCCUAAGGAAUUUCUACUACAAAAAGUUACUAUAACUUUCCUUAAGAGGAAAGUUUUUCCUUAAGGAAGGCCCUUAAGGGACAACCCGCAUAGCCCUUGGCUAAUAUUAGACCCCUCGUUGAGGGAUUUCCAAGGGCUCAAAAGGAACGCAAGAAAGCUAAAGGUAUGCAGUUGGCACCUUUUGCCAGCGAUCCACAGAAUUGGCGCCGACCCCUAGCCAAUCGCCCCAACGAACUCCCAACCGCUGCCCUUGUUAUAUAUCGCCCAGCGCCUUCAUUUUUUUCAAAAACUUCAGGGAGGCCAUUCGAAUACAGAGAAAACUAAACGACCCCCCUGAAGCUUUUGGGAAAAAGUUAGCUCGCUCCCCUUCCGCGGCUACCUUCCGCGCACAGCAAUCGACCACAGGAGCGCGCGGCAGCCCUUGGAGAUGGUUAACCAGCACACCUUUAACCAGCACAAAAGGGGGAGAACUGUACGGGAGAGGGUGACCACUUGAAAGGGCAGAGGCUGGCAAGCGCCAUCAUAUUGAUCCAUGAGAAGGCCAAGGAUGAACAUCCCUGCGCUUGAAAGUCGCAGCCGUUGAGGAUGUCGAUGCCUGUGAGAAUGAUAGCCGUGGGCCCCCGCAUGUCUGAAAGGUGGACCCUGGUGAGCGUCAUCGUAUCCAUGAGAAGGCCAAAGAUCUACGCCUUUGCCUGCGUGUCAAAGUCGAAGCCGCUGCGGAUGUCGAUGUCUGUGAGAAUGAUAGCCGUAAGCACUUGCAUGUCUCAAGGGUGGACCCUGGGGAGCGUCAUCAUGUCCAUGAGAAGGCCAACGAUAUAGAUACAUCGCCGCGCUUGAAAAUCGAAGCCGCUGAGGAUGUCGAUGUCUGUGAGAAUGAUAGCCGUGAGCCCUUGCAUGUCUGAAGGGUGGACCCUGGUGGGCGUUAUCGUGUCCACUCCACGAGAAGGCCAGAGAUAUCCAUCGCUGGUCUUGAAAAUCGAAGCCGUUGAGGAUGUCGAUGUCUGUGAGAAUGAUAGCCGUGAGCCCUUGCGUGUCUGAAGGGUGGACCCUGGUGAGCGUCAUCACGUCCAUGAGAAGGCCAAAGACAUCGAUCGCCGUGCUUGAAAAUCGAAGCCGCUGAGGAUGUCGAUGGCUGUGAGAGUGAUAGCCGUGUGCACUUGCGUGGCUGAAGGGUGGACGUUGGUGAGCAUCAUCAUACGCAUGAGAAGGCCACGGGUGUACUUCUCUGGGCUUGAAAAUUGAAGCCGUUGAGGAUGUCGAUGCCUGUGCGACUGAUAUCAGCCGCGAGCCCUUGCAUGUCUGAAGGGUGGACCUUGGUGCGCGUCACAAUAUCCAAGCAAGUUGGCCAAGGCAGUACGUAGCCAUAGCCGUAGCCUCCUCACUAGCCUCGCCACAGUGGGAGCCAGUCCCAGCCUUGGCGAGCAGACUUGGCGACUUUUUUCGUUUGUCUUUCUGUCUCUUAAUAAUCAAUCUGUCUAGUUGUUAACCUAUGCCCAGCGCAGCGGGCCCGCCCUUGAUGGGCCCGCUUUCUGGGCAUGUAUUAUCUAUAAUUAUCAUGCUUGGGAGAGCAUUGGUUUUCAUUUCAACAGCUACCUGUGUAUCAUUCCAUGAUCUUGCGCCGUCUGGCAACCAGAGGAAACGCCUCAGCGCACUCUAGGGACCCAGUGGCCAGGAUGUAAAACAACAACGCAGCACUCAUCUCGCUUUUUUCUUAGAAUGCAAAAAUGAUAGUAGGGAUCCAUGCAUUAUGUUUAUUGCAACUACAUGUACAUGAGUGCAAUCUUUCAUCUGCCCGUAUCUGUGGGUUAUCCUGGUCAGGGCGAAGACGGAUUUAGUAGUAUGUAGUUUUCAUAAGUAAGGAGGCGGCUGUACUACCUAGUACUUGUUGUAGAGUUCCAUAUGCAUCACCCUGGUGCUUCAAAAUUCCCACUCCGUUGAUUUUUUAAAAAUAUCCUGACGAAAAGCAACACAGCCGUGAGAUCGAGAUGAGGUGAGAAGCCUCUUUCACCUCCUCCAGUCGAAAGUGUCCAUGCAGGUAUCCAUGUAGAACAAGUGAGAAGUAGGAAGUAGGAGUAAGCAGAAGAGGUCACGAGAGGUAAUGAUGAACAAGUAAGGAGACAGAUGUAACAAGUUCAAGAGCACAUGGAGGGAUUGUCCUCGUGCUGAAAGUAAAAGAUGACUAUAUCUACAACUCUGGUUGUAUCUAUGACAAUAGGCGUUGCGAAUAAAUGGAUCCAUGAAACGAAUCAAGAC